UUUUACAUUUUGUGACAGUCUAUGAAAAAUAACUGUAGCCAAACCUUCUUAGAAAUAUGGUGUGAAAAAAAAAAAAACAAACUUAGGAGGUGGUAAUUCCCCCGUUUCAUUUACAUGGCAAGUUAAUGACUUUGUAGUAACCCAACAAUACCAAAGUAACAAAACAAUUGCCAUUUAAAUAAAUUGUUAAACAUUGAGGGAAAUUGCAUUCUUGCAAAGAGCUGGAUGAGAGGACUGAUACCACUCUGAUGUCUGUACUUUCAACAGAGAGCUGACAAUUAGCUUAGCUUAGCAUAAAGACCAGAAACAGCAGGAAACAGCUAGCCUGACUUUUCCAGGGGUCACAAAAAUCUCACAAUAAGCAUGUCAGUGAACAUUAUGCGCGGUCCACACUAAAACUGAAGUGCAAAAACAACCAUUUUUGCUUGUUCAGGUUAUACUGGGCCGGUUUCAUGGGCUGACACAGUGACGUCCUUCCUGUGUAGAUUAAACAAAUUAGCUAUCACGUUCAAGGAGCUUUACAGAUGCCGGCCGGCGGAUUUAGUUCCUGCCAGACAGAGCAGGGCUGGUUUUCCCCAUCAUGUUUAAAGCACUGAUGCUAAACUAAGCUAACUGUUUCCUAGCUGCGUCAUACUUGAAAGACAGAUAUGCAAUUACAGAUACAGAGACGAUCUGAGACGAGGCACUUGAGGAUAUACAUUAAGCAACGACCUUCUGGCCGUCAGCAUUGAACUUUGACUUGUAUAUCCAACCGAGACGCGGUGGCCUCGUUUUUCACACCACAUCACCGUCCGCUCGCAUGUGGCCAACAAAAAAGUGAUUAAUACAUGUACAUUUCCACAAAUUCUACAUGGGGCCUCCUGAAAAGCCUUUUUGAGAUUCGAAUAAUAGCUUGUACUUUCAUUGUAAGUGCUUAUCAUGUGAAAAAAAAUAACUCAAGACAUUACAUUCACCCCUUCAAGGAGAAAUUACAGCGCCUUAAUUAAAAUGGAACAUGGCAAAUCAGAGCAACCUACACAUUCCAUACUGUUGGGAAAGUAAAGGAUUAUUUUCUGAACAUACAAAGACGGCUUUAGAGCAACAAAUACCUCGCGUCAUGGUGACAUUCAACAAACAGACAUGUCCAUUCAUGAUUAGAUAAUACUUUCUCACCGGGUUGUUAACCAACCUGGGAUAAUAGCUUGAUCCGAUGUUACGCUUUAAGUCCAGAGCAGGUUGUGAGUGGGACCUUGUACCCAGAGCAGCUGAGUGGAAGGUGAGGGAACCAAAAAAGAGCACAAACAGUCAAACGACGGGACUCACUGUAGGAAAGCAGAUCCAGUCUCUCGACUCCCCUUUGGAGAGCUUUGUCAUCUGUGGACAGGGAGUUUGCAGCUUUUUCCAGACGCCAAAACAUAGAGACAAAGACAAAGGGGAGAACAUGAGUGCUGGAAGAGGUCGAAGUGGAGGGAAGGACAAGUGCAGGCUGCACAUGGUGACCUGGAACGUGGCCAGUGCAGAGCCUCCCGAAGACAUCACCUCUUUGCUCCAACUGGACGUUCAGCCCCCCGCAGACCUCUUUGUUAUUGGCCUGCAGGAGGUGAACGCCACCCCGGUGAGGUUCAUCUCUGACAUGCUGGUGGAGGACUCCUGGAGCCACGUCUUCAUGGACACACUGGCACCCAGAGACUUCGUCAAGGUCACAUCAAUAAGGAUGCAGGGUUUGCUGCUGCUGGUCUUUGCCAAACAAAUUCAUCUCCCCUUCAUCAGAAAGAUCCAGACCAACUACAUCCGCACCGGCAUCUUCGGCUACUGGGGUAAUAAAGGAGGAGUGUCUGUGCGUUUUUCUUUCUACGGCCACAUGGUGUGCUUCCUGAACUGCCACCUAGCGGCUCACAUGAACUACGCUCUGGAGCGUGUGGAUGAAUUUGAGUACAUCCUGGAGUCACAGGACUUUGACAUCUCUGACACCCCAAAUGUGCUGGACCACAAGGUGGUGUUCUGCUUGGGAGACCUGAACUUCCGUAUCGCCGACCACGGCUUGCACUUCAUCCGCUCGUCCAUCAACAGCGGGCGCCUUAAUUUGCUCUGGACUAAAGACCAGCUCACCAUGAUGAAGAAGAAGGAGCCUUUCCUGCAGGAAUUUGAGGAAGGGCCGCUGAAUUUUAAACCCACCUACAAGUUCGACCGUAACUCCGACACCUAUGAUACCAGCGGCAAGAAGAGGAAACCCGCCUGGACCGACCGGAUCCUCUGGCGCAUCAAACCCAAAACCCUGCCAUCAGAGGAUGAUGACGACGAGAAGGCAUCGACUUCCACUGAUGAUGGGCUCGAUGACUAUCCUCUCCUGGUCACUCAGGACAAAUACACCAGUGACAUGAGCUACGGAGUCAGUGACCACAAGCCCGUCAUCGCCACCUUCAGCCUGGAGCUGAGGAAGUGCUUUGACAUACCACUGGUGCACAUUUCUCCUGUGGGCGUAUGGAGCGCCGACCAGGAUGCACAUCUCACCUACACCGUCCAAGAGGACUUCAUGUCUUCCACAUGGGACUGGAUUGGCCUGUACAAGGUGGGAUUCAAGAGCGCGUCCGAUUAUGAAACCUUUGUGUGGGUCAGAGAGAACGACCUGCCGGAGAUAAAUGAAGUCAUACAGAUAUCAGUGGAUAAGGAUGAGAUCCCUCUGCUCGGUGGACAGUAUUUGUUGGGUUACUUCAGCACAAACAUGCAGAGCAUCCUUGGUCUCAGUGCAAACUUCCAGAUACUGGAGUCAAAGCGCGCUGUCAUGGAGGGCCUCGUUCCUGAGAACGUCAACGGAGUCAACAAAUAAGAAGAAAUUCACCUCAGUGCCGCAUCGUGUUCCUGGAAACGUACUCAGGAUUGAUUCAGACUUUCAAAUGCCCCCAAGAUCAGCUCCGUCGUCUACUGGACGAGCUGGCACAGUCAUUAAAUAGAGGCCACCACACUGUGCCAUCACAUGGACUGGAGACUUCAAUGUGUCGUUUCGAAUUUUGCCUUUAAGGAAUUUACCUGCAGUCUGUAAGCUUUAUCAUGUAACAAGUCACUGUCCAGCUCAUCAACAGGCCUUUUUGUGCCUGUUAGAGUAGAAAGUAUGGAAAUAAAUUAGUUUUUUUUAAAUUGGUGGACAUGUACGGCAGGUCAAUACAGUCCUUGGUCAAAUUGAAUGUGAAAAUACUUUUGUUUUAUGUUUUAUUUUGAUCUACAUUAGUGCCAAUACAGAUCUGCCAACAUUUACUGUAUAGAGAAGUAUAUGUUAAUGCAGGGUGCUUUACUUUAUCUGUACUGUAAUAAUGCAGAAAGAUGCUAAUCUGGUAAUUAAAUAUUUAAAAAUCUCA